AGGCGAAAGUGAUAAAGAAGCGGCCAUAUUUAAAAAAAUAUUAAACAUUAACUAUAUUCGAAAAGAUGGUUCUACCUUUACUACAGCGCUCCACACUUCGCGGCGUGCAACAGUUAGCCCAGCCAUGGUCCGCAGCUGGCUUCAGCCUGAGAAUGGCCUCCCAGGAGUUCCGCGUGGAAAGCGAUACGUUUGGAGAGCUAAAGGUGCCGGCGGACAGGUACUAUGGCGCCCAAACGAUGCGCUCUCAGAUCAACUUCCCCAUAGGCGGGACCACAGAGCGUAUGCCGAAACCUGUGGUGCAGGCAAUGGGCAUCCUAAAGAAGGCCGCAGCCGAAGUGAACAAGGAAUUCGGCCUGGACACCAAGGUGAGCGAGGCCAUCUCCAAGGCCGCCGAUGAUGUGAUUUCGGGCAAGCUCUACGACGACCACUUUCCCCUAGUGAUCUGGCAGACAGGCUCCGGCACCCAGAGUAACAUGAAUGUCAACGAGGUGAUCAGCAAUCGCGCCAUUGAGCUGCUGGGUGGCAAGCUGGGAUCCAAGACUCCAGUGCAUCCAAACGACCAUGUGAACAAGUCGCAGAGCUCCAAUGAUACCUUUCCCACGGCUAUCCACAUCUCUGUGGCCUUGGAGCUGAACAACAACCUGAAGCCAGCCAUCAAGACACUGCACGACGCGUUGGCCGCCAAGUCGAAAGAGUUCAAGGACAUCAUCAAGAUCGGUCGCACCCACACCAUGGACGCUGUCCCACUGACGCUCGGCCAGGAAUUCAGCGGUUAUGCCCAGCAGCUGGCCUACGCCCAAGAGCGCAUCGAUGCCUGCCUGCCGCGCGUCUAUGAGUUGGCGCUCGGCGGCACAGCCGUCGGCACUGGCCUUAACACCCGCAAGGGAUUCGCCGAGAAGUGCGCCGCCAAGAUCGCCCAGCUGACCAGCCUGCCCUUCGUGACGGCGCCCAACAAAUUCGAGGCUCUGGCCGCCCGCGACGCCAUGGUGGAGGUGCAUGGGGUACUUAACACGAUUGCCGUGAGCCUCAUGAAGAUUGCCAACGACAUCCGAUUCCUGGGCUCCGGUCCGCGCUGUGGCCUGGGGGAGCUCUCCCUGCCCGAAAACGAGCCCGGCAGUUCCAUUAUGCCUGGAAAGGUGAAUCCCACGCAGUGCGAGUCCCUCACAAUGUUGUCUGCCCAAGUCAUGGGCAACCAUGUGGCCGUAACAAUCGGUGGUGCCAACGGACACUUCGAGCUGAAUGUGUUCAAGCCCCUAAUAGUGUCAAAUGUGCUACGCUCUAUUCGCCUGCUUUCUGACGGCAGUCGCACCUUCACCGCCAAUUGCGUGAACGGCAUCCAGGCCAAUCGCGACAACAUUGCCAAGAUCAUGAACGAGUCCCUGAUGUUGGUGACGGCCCUCAACCCGCACAUCGGUUACGACAAGGCGGCCAAGAUCGCUAAGACGGCGCACAAGAAUGGAACAACCCUCAAGGAGGAGUCUAUAAACUUGGGCUACCUCACCGAGCAGCAGUUCAACGACUGGGUAAAGCCCGAAGAAAUGCUCGGACCCAAGUAGGCGCUGCUUGCAAGUGUCUAAAAUUCGGGAAUGCUUAUCCGCUUGGCCAGUCGGAAUAUAUCGGUUGUCGAGUUCACAUUGAAAUUUCUUGAAAAAAAAUUGAGAUU